UUCCCCUCUUCUUGUGCCUACAAACUUGCAUUUUGUUGUGUUUUCAUUUUCCACCAUUCACAGAAUUUAUUUCUUCAGCUCACUCACAUACAUCCACCAUCACUACCCAUUCCUUGUGUGUCAUCCCAUCUCACAAACCUGUCACCUAUCCCUGAGAAGGACAUGCUUUCAGAUAUUUCAGAGGAAGAUCCCUUUGGGGAGCCCAUCCUUACCAUCCCAGACAUCUUGGAGUGCAGUUCCAUGAAAGAAACACUAGAUCAUAAUAAAAAAGAAAUAGCUUCACCAAAUAAUAUUUUUGAAUCUAUGAGACCCCUAGCUAGUCGAUGCCCUCCUGUAAUGGAGGGAAGGAUCCAUAAAACAGACUACAAAAAUACCGAGUUUUGUGUCUCAUUCAGCUUUAUCAGAUGCUUUCCUUUUAGUUUCCAUUCACUGCUUCAUGAGGAUGGUUAUAUCAGUUUUCCUAGCCUUCCUGAUGUUUGCAUCUCUUUCCUCCCACCUGGCCUCCAGCACUAUGUUCCUAUUACCUCCCCUUCCUUCAUCCCCUCUUUUCUCCUUAUAUUUGUGCUGCUUUUCUCUGCUUCCCAGUCUCUUCCUUUAUCACUCACAUUUUCCCUUCCUCUUGCUCUGUCCCUCUGCUACCUGGAGCCUAAGGCCACUUCAUUUAGCAUCUCUUAUGACAAUGACCUGAAUGACAAAGCAGAGGAAGAGGAGGUGUGUAGUUUUGUUGCUUAAAGGUUCACGCUUGCACAUAGCUUUCAAAGCAGUUCUCCCAGAGAUUUCUCAGUCUUGCACGCUUCCUUGUGUGUAUGUGUGUAUAUUUAUGUAUAUAUACAUGUGUGCCUAUACACACACAGAGACACAAAUGUAUUUGUAUCAUGGUAACUUUUCUCAUUUGUCAAAAAUAGCCUGUAAUAUUAUCAAGGUGUUUUUAGUCAACAGAUACCUAACUUUUUUUGCCUGAAUUCAUGCAGCAUGCAUAACUUUAUCCAGUUACAGAGAUACUGAGCUCCAGGUAGAGUUACUUUAUAGUUCAAAAUGUUAAGCAGUGAAAUAACAGACAUCUAAAUAAAACACCUGGUAACAUUAUGUCUGUUGUGCUACUUGCAGUAGCAGCUUAUUCGUGGGGUUAAAAUGCAUGUCGCCUCAGUACGUUGACUUUGAAACACAUGUCUCAAAAGUUCUGUUUAGAUCUGAAAACUGAAACUCUAAAAGCUGUCCAAAUUCAGAAAACUGUGAACGCUUUAAAAUGAGCUUUUUAAAUUCCAGAUUUCAGAUGUUUCUGUUCCCCAUGGGUGUGUGCAAAGUUGAAUCUGUCCAAAGCACUUUUUUCAACCGCUUUCAUUAAUCUCUAGCAACAGUUAAGGUGGAGACUGAUUUGGUUCAUUAGACUGGAUUGCAGGUUACAUGUCAGACUUUAAUUACUGAAGUCUGAACAUUCUUUGAAAUGUACCAUUAAAAUUGCUCUACAGAUAGUUCAGCUACACUAAUACAUUGCUCUGAUCAUCUGGAGUGGUUGACAAAAUGCCUCCUGUCUUUGCGUCUGCUGUGCAUGUUAUCGGAACCACACCAUGUGCUAGAAAAGCUGGUUCAAUCUUCAAAGGAAAUAUAAAACAAAAUAUUAUAGAAUCAGAAAAGAGGGGGCCCUGUUCUAAGUUAUAUUUAAUACAGGUUGUUAAACUGAUUCAAUCAAUACAAUGUAUUUAUUAAAUACUUCCUGAAUGUGAUGUCAUUAAAAGACACAAAUCUAAGUCUAAAGUAAUGAAAAAACAUGACCUUAAAGAUCUCAAUUUUUCUGUGACCUGAUUCAAUCCAUAACCUGUAACAUAGAGUUGCAUAAAAUAUAACAACCCAAAUAAGCAAGAGAUGAAUAAAAGUUAUAUGUACCACACUACGCAUUCACGCAAAAUCUAAAAUGCAACAAUACAUAUAAUAAGUAAACCACUCUUCAAAUUUA